CUCUCAUUUUUUAUCAAGUUCCUUGCACAAACAUAUAAAAGCAAGGUGAAGUCCUAUAGACGGAGACGAAUUAUCUCAGUCUAAAGCGCGAGUAGUUAUAAAAAUUUGCAUCUGGGUAACCCCCCCCCCAAAAAAACACCAGCGCCGAAAUGAUUCGGGUUCAACUAGGUGGCUUUGUUGCGGGCUUUCUUCUCACUGUAGUAGCCUAUUAUCGUUAUUUUGCGAUACCUUUAAUUGAUGUACACAAAGAGCAAUACCGUAAGCUGGGAGCUAUAGAUGAGCAGUUGAGAAAGUCCCUUAAAGAGACACUCGAAGUUGCUUCGGCUAGGCUUCAGCAUUACUCGAGUGAUACUAUACCCAUCUCCCCCGCUUCAGAUUCAUUUGAACAGAAAUUGGUGUCUUAUGUUGAUCAAGAAAAUGUAGCUAAGUCAGAUAUCUCAUGAUGCAAUCAUCGCACUAUGUGAGCUUAUUAAAGUUUAAAAAAUAAAACAAAUCCAGGUAUACCAGUCCGACUUCGGGGGUAUCUUCAAUUUAAUUGCACCUCUUUUUUUAUUUACUCUUUUUUAUACACGGACUUUAAUGUGUGUGUCUGAGUGAAUUUUGGUUUGCGUGGAUAGACGCAUCAAAUAUCACUCAAAUGUAUUUUUUUGGAAAAGGUGAUGAAUAAAUCAAGUACUUUGAACAAAGUAGUUGUUUAUGUCGGUAUUUGAUAGUGUUCAUUUUUUUUGGGGUUUGUACCCUUUCGUUAUUCACGAUUUCGAAGCUUUCACCAUAACUUUCUUAACGAAGAGAAACUGGAAAUAUUUUUCGCAUGAAAUUCAUUUUUACUAUUGUCUCUCCUGUUCACAUUAUGGCAAUCACUUUUAUCCUUCUUAUUCAAUGGUCUUGAUAUAG